GCAAGGUGCUUGGCACCCCUCUCCCUUGAACACGAAGCACUCGCCUUCCCGUCUUUGAUCGACAUGUUCUUGGUCAAGGUGAGCUUGGCGCUGUCCGUUGCCACAGCCCUGAACCGAGCAGCGCAAUCGGCGCAUGUGUCUGGCUAUUCAACGACAUCGGAUGACGAGGCCAAGGCAAAGAACGAAGUCGCGUUGAAUGUUAACGGUGUCGUGAAGCAACACGUCCCGGCGUCCAAACCUGGUCACGCCUUGGUGGCAUUGCCAACGACUGAUGCAGAGGUCGCUACGCCUGACAUUUCGGGCGUCUCGAUGCGUUGCCGAUUCUGCGGCGCACAUUUGGCGUGGAAGCACCACUACCAGCACUUGCCCGACGACAGCAAAGCCCGCGCCAAGAAUACGCGUGCGGAAGCUUCUCUUGGAGAGAACGGCGAAGUCGUGUACUUUGACAAUCCGGCAGGCGUCGAGUUUGAACUGGCCUCGUUCGUGGACUCGGCCGGUGUGCCAUCCGACACGUACACGCAGCAAGACACGUUCUUCGACUCGUACAACUGGCGCGUGUUGGCAUGUCCUCGCUGCGCCAAGCAUGUGGGGUGGAAGUUCACGCAUGUGUUGCAAGACCAGUGCAUGGUGGACUCGGAGCGCCAGCUGCACAGGGCCGCGACCCCGUCGCCAAAGAAAGGUUCCCACGCCAAACUGGCCGCGCAGGUCGAGGCCGCGUUUGGCGAAAGGAAGUGCCACGCCAUGUCGAACGGGUGGUGGUCGUACCAGCAUUGCUACAAGAGCGAAAUCACACAAUUUCAUUUGGAAGCGGACGGCACCAAGUCGAGCGACUGGAGUCUCGGCCACUUUACAGACGACCGCAGCACGGACGCCGAGAUCAUUCAUCACUUCACGGGCGGCCAGCACUGCGACGAAAACGGCAAACUGCGAAGCACGACGGUCAAGUUCGUGUGCUGUCCGGAGCAACCGGACGUGUCGGUCGACACGAUUGAAGAGCCCAGCCUCUGCACGUAUCUCAUGCGGGUGUGCGUCCCGAAUCUGUGUUUGUCCAAGCCCAAGACACCAGACGCGCUUGACAAAAAGAUCGAACAGGCUUGUGCACAGUCGCUCAUCGACCACCAAACGACGAGCUCGACUACACCGUUCUUGCCUCUCUUUUACACGCUUGUGUGGCCAGAAACCAUUGCCGAAGACAACCCAGAGCUCCAGUGGGCGCAUUCGCUCUCGACAAUCACAUCCAUCGUCGGACGCUAACGAGAAUUUCUCUCUCUGAACAAUCUCUUUAAUGACAUUCAUGGUGCGUGAUAGCUAAAGGGGUGGCGCUAUCGUGUCCUUGGCGAUUGUAAACACGUUGAAGAGGAACAAAACAGAUGCCCCCGUUCUCUAAAUCGAGAUCAUCUUCGAUAGCGGGACGUAAGCGCACCAUGAUCUUGCAGCAAUUCGAGUCACGUACUGCGCUGCAUCUAGAGAAUUCCGGCCGUCGGAAUCAUGAUGUGCGUAACUGUGUGGGCUUCUGCGAUGCUAGCCAUCAAUUCCCAAACGGAAGCAUUACAGAGGUCGAGCCAGGCACGAUUCGAGUGAAGGCACAAGAGUUGGGCAUGAGUCAAGAUCACGACCACACGAAUUGCCAUAAUGCUCACCCACGG